CAUUUUAUCAUUUUCUCCAACUAAGCGCUGUCCAACUUGUUCCCCUCUUCCUUGCUGCAGCGAACUCCACACUGACGGAAUCAAAUUAUGCAUAAAUGUAUGAGGAUCUUCUCGCUAAUUGAGUCUCGAAAAUGGUUUACAUUCGAUGGAAGGCAAAGAUUAUGCCAUCCACUGCCAUCCGUGAGAGUUGGACAUAUGUGGGUGCAAAUCAUGUUCAAAACCAGUGGAGGAAGGAGGCCUAAGAAGAAAACAUACUAUAGAGUAAAUGAACUAGACAGAGUCAUGGAGCUUCAGAAGAAACCAUCAUUGAUUUUACGCCUAAAAUCCAUCAUUCAAUCACAGAAAAACCAAUGCCUCCUUCUUAGAGACCUUGAGAAGGAAGUUGGAUUUGUGCAAAAGUGGAAUUUCAUGGGUAUAAUUGAGAAAUAUCCUUCGAUAUUCCGUGUCACUGGUGGUAAUAGAAUUCCACCGAUGGUUAUGCUCGCCGAAAAAGCUGAUAAAGUUGCAUUAGAAGAAAGUGAAGCAAGAGCGCAAAUGGAACCCAUUUUAGUCAAGAAUCUAAGGAAGUUGUUAAUGUUGUCGGUUGAUUGCAUGCUGCCACUGGAAACCAUUCAACUGAUUGAGAAUGAAUUGGGCUUGCCUAGUGACUUCGAGCAGUCGCUUGUUCCAAAAUACCCACAAUUUUUCUCAGUGAAAGAUGUCAAUGGAAGAACUUUCCUUCAAUUGGAGAAUUGGGAUUCUUCACUAGCAGUCACUGCCCGGGAGGAAAGGUUGGUGCAUGAAGGGGUCCUGACUUCGAAAGUGCAGGCUAGAAUAUUGAAAGAUGGAAACUAUGUUGGCCCUUUUGCGUUUCAAUUACGUUAUCCUGCUGGCUUCAGGCCAAAUGUGAACUACCUCAAGGAAGUUCAGAAGUGGCAGAAGAUGGAGUUCCCUUCUCCAUACUUGAAUGCCAGAAGAUUUGAACUUGCUGAUCCCAAAGCUCAAAAAAGAGUGGUAGCUGUGCUUCAUGAGUUCCUCAGUUUGACUAUGGAAAAGAGGUUGACAUCUGGUCAAAUAGAUGCAUUUCAUUCCGAGUUUCGGUUACCAGCUAGACUUCUGCUUUGCUUAAUCAAACAUCAUGGUAUAUUCUACAUUACUAAUAAAGGUGCCAGGAGUACUGUGAUACUUAAAGAGGCUUAUGAUGGGUCUACUUUAAUUUGUAAAUGCCCUCUUUUAUUGUUUAGGGAUAAAUUUCUAGAACUCACAGGCAGAAGAGGCAUCGAUUCAUGUAUCAGUGUUCCUUCAUCGUAGGUUAAUAAGAAUAUUGGUGGAUAAGACAAAAUCAUGGUUUUCUUACAGUUCCUGAAGAAUUAUUACAGUGGUGCAGUUGAGGCUUAUCGCUGUUGUAGGUUGUUUUCUGUUUCCCUUUUUGCAUUCCGGCUCUGCCUUCUGGUGCCUAGUUAUCAAAACGCAUCUAAAGUGUCAUC